GGAAAUAGUCUCAAUCAAUAAUCUGCUUAAACAACAAGUUGUUUGUCGUACGUUUUUUUGCCGAAGGCUAUAAUUAGGUUACAAAUUGUAGUUAAAACUAGGUACUAUUUUUUUUUUUUCAGUCAGCUGGUUGAUUGUCAAUAGGUUAGCCAAAUGUGAUUUACUGGUUGAAGUGUGUGAGUACUAUACUGCUACUGAACUAUGUCGUCUGGAACUAGUCUAGUUGUACCGGUUGUGCUGUGGGGAAAAACUGCACCUACCCACUGCAUAUCCUGUGUAUAUUUCUCCCGAGAUCAGAGAACUCUUGUGACUGGAUGCUAUGAUGGUCAAAUUUGUUUAUGGCAAGUUGAUCCUGAUACACUUAAGAUGACUCCACGCUGCUUAUUGGUUGGCCAUACAGCACCAAUCCUGUGUCUUUCAAAAGCCAGCAUUGUAUUGGAUAAUAACUUUGUUGUGAGUUCAUCAGAAAGUGGUGAAAUGUGUUGCUGGGACUUGGUGGAUGGAAAAUGUCGAGAGCUCGUCAAGUUGCCGUACAUACACACCAAUAUUCAGGCAUAUCACAUGUGUAACACCGAUGAUGUGCGACUGUUCUGCAAUGGUUACUAUCCAGAAGUCUUGGUUAUGGAUCCAUUCAGCUUGGAGAUUGUGUUCACACUUUCGUCAUGCGUCAGUCCAGAUUGGAUCAGUGCCUUGCAUGUUUUGCGACCAGCUAAAAGGAAAGACGACGUAGUUCUGGCUCUCACAACCACGGGAACCGUCAAGGUGUGGACGCUGAUGGGGCAAGAGACCAGGCAGCAGGAACCAUUCUACGAGCACGAGAGCAAGCAGAUUCGCUGUCUGAACGCCCUGGGCAUGAUGUGCUGCUCGGAGAACCAGAGAACUGUGCUCAUAAUCUGCUCAAAGCACUGGCAGAUCUAUGACGCAGGUGACUUCUCCGUGCUGUGCUCGGUCACGUCUCCCCGCGGGGAGCGCUGGAUGGGAGGGGACUUCCUCGCGCCCGACAGGGUGGUGGUCUGGAGCGACGAGGGCAAAGGGUACAUUUACAAACUGCCCGCCAACAAGCUGAAAGGAAAAAUAAUUAGUAGUUGCAUUCCGGACCACAAAGAUUUCCACAGCAAGUCGAUUGAUUCUGAUAAUCCCUUCCUGUACUGUGUGUUAGCUGUGCCGACAGAUAAGCCCCUGUCGUGCCCUCCGGCUCUGAGGUACCACGUGAUGACUCGUCAGGGCAAGACCUUGAAGUACCUGGUGCGAGGCGACUCCGAGGGCAAGGUGAUGAUCUGGAACGUGCCAGAAGUCUCCAACAGCCAGCUGGCCCAGAUCAAACAGGAGGACUUUGACAAACCCCCAGGUAUGCCUCCUACAAUACAAACAAGCCUGGUGCAAGCAUGGUCAGAAAUGAAACCACCUCCGGUUGGCAUUUUGGAUCAAUUAGAUGGCGGGGACUUGCCGGGGGUGAAGCUGACGGCCAGCAUCUACCUGCCGCAGCAGAGCCGCCUGGUGGUGGGGCGUGAGGACGGCUCCAUCAUCAUAGUCCCGGCGACGCAGACCGUGAUGCUGCAGCUGCUCCACGGCAGGCACCAGCAGUACGACGACUGGCCGCCACACCAGCUGCUCUUGGGACACGCGGGGCGCGUGAACUGCUUGCUGUACCCCCACCACCUCCACCCGCACUACGAGAAGUCCCACCUGGUGUCUGGCGGGGAGGACUUUGCCGUCUGCCUUUGGGACCUCUACUCGGGCAACAUGCUGUACCGCUUCUGCGUGCAUGCUGGCGAGAUCACCCAGCUGCUGGUGCCUCCAAACACUUGCAGUCCUCGCAUCCUGAAGUGCAUCUGCAGCGUGGCCAGUGACCACUCUGUCACUCUCCUGAGCCUGAUGGAGAGGAAGUGCGUCGUGCUUGCCUCGCGCCAUCUCUUCCCCGUGAUCACCAUCAAGUGGCGACCCCUGGACGACUUCAUGAUCGUGGGGUGCAGCGACGGCACCGUCUACGUCUGGCAGAUGGAAACAGGUCACCUGGACAGGGUGCUCCACGGCAUGUGUGCGGAGGAGGUGUUGUCCGCUUGCGACGAGAACCCGGCGGCGGCGAGCGCUGGGGAGGUGGGCCUCGCCAACCCGGCGGUACACUUCUUCAGGGGCUUGCGGCACCGCAACAUGUCUGCCGUCAGGCACGCUGCUCAGCGAGGGCUGCACCAGCUCCAGCAGCUGCACCACUCGCAGCAUCAGGACGGCAGCGACCAGCAGAAGACCGGGGCCUUCCCACUCAUGAUACAAGGCAUGCGCACCAACCCCAAGGACCCCGAGUUCCACAUCAUGGUCUUCGACAUCGAAGCUCUCAUCGUGCAGCUGCUGAGUGAAGAGUACAGCACCAUGUCGCCAGGGACCCUGGAGGCUCAAGGCCUCAUCAACCAAGCCGAGUACCAGAAGGUGGCAGCCCUGACCCAGUCAGCCUCUCCAGAUGCUCACAAGAAGAUCGCAGACUUUUUUGGACGUGUUAAGGACAAGGCAGGUGAUAUGGAGCGCAUCUUGAAGGAAAAGGAUCGCCAUGGAAUUCUUGCCAAGAUGAAGGAGGGUGCUGAAAAUGUACAGACCAAGCUACAAGCAAAGGUGGAGGGUGUAGGAGUCAGACCUGUUCAGUCUGACAGCAGAGACACGGUGAGCAACGAGCCGGGAAAGAAGGUGCGUGGGAUGGCAGGCCUGGAGACCAACGUGACGAUGGAGAUAGCUCAGCUGCUCCUGUCGCUGCUGCACGCGUGGGGCAUCGACCCUGACCUGGACAAAGUGUGCGAGAGCAAGCUGGGGCUGCUCCGGCCCAUGGUGCCCGUGUCCUUCGGAGUUCUGUCGAAAGGAGGCUUCACGAGCGUGCUGCUGCCGACGUGGCAGGCGCGCACGGACGAGCUGGAGAGGCGGCCCGACGUGCUGGACCGGGACCUGCCCCCGGAGCUGGUGCGCCUGGAGAGGCUGACACGGCUGUUCACGGCACGCACGCACUGGGAGCUCAGCGCCACCGUCACCAGCAACCACCUGCUGGCGGUGGUCGCCCUGGCCAACACGCUCAUGUCCAUGAACAACGCCACCUUCGUGCCCGAGCAGGAGCGCAGCCGCAAGCUGCACAGGCAGAGCACGCGCACGGCUCUGAACUGGGCGACGAAGGCAGAGGAGGAGAGCGAGGACUUGUUCACCGCGCAGCAGGCACAGAUCAAGCAGGGCUGGAGCCUGUUGGCGACCCUGCACUGCGUCCUGCUGCCCGACAAGGUGCUGCAGUCGGGGUCCAAGUCCUUCAAGAGGCCUCAGGUGGAGACGAUGGCCCGCCGGUGGCAGCACCACUGCCUGGAGGUGCGGGAGGCGGCCCAGGCCCUGCUGCUGGCCGAGCUGGGGCGGCUGGGCCCCAAGGGGCGCAAGGCCCUCGUGGACUACUGGGCGCAGUACCUGCCCAGCUUCUCGCCCGACGCGCAGGGCGCUCCGGCGGGCCAGCAGGCGGAGGCGUCGCAGCCGCACCACAGCGACGAGGUCGACGAGGAGGAGGAGGAACUGAUCGAGGGUAGCCGCUCCGUUCCCGCAUACGGUGGUGAACUGAGCAUGAGGAAACCAUCAAGCGUCAGUGAAAUGAAGCGGAAGCAGACGACUGCCGUGGUGCUCCUGGGCGUGAUCGGAGCAGAGUUCGGUCAAGACAUCACAGACAGCAACAACAGCAGCAAGAAGAGAGCGAGCGAGGAACAGCGGAGAAAGAGCUCCGUGGUGGAAGGUUUCGGCAUUGGAAACAAUAACCUGGCUCGCUUCACAAGUUUGGCGCUGACCCAGCUGCUGUUGCUGCCGCCAUCGCCACGUCUACCGGCACACACAGCUCUUCGCAGAGCUGCCAUUGAUCUGAUUGGCAGAGGGUUCACGGUGUGGGAACCGUACCUGGACGUGUCGAAAGUUUUACUGGGCUUGCUGGAACUGUGUUGCGAUGCAGACAAGCUGGUGCCGAGCAUGACGUAUGGUCUGCCUUUGACGCCCGCAGCGGAUUCGUGUCGCACUGCGCGUCACGCACUGACCUUGAUAGCCACGGCUCGGCCUGCUGCUUUCAUAACUACUUUGGCUCGUGAGGUUGCUCGCUACAACACACUACAGCAGAAUGCACAGACGUUGAAUGUCAACAUGACGAACACAGUUCUGCACAGAGCAAAACCAGAAAUCCUAAGAGGAGUAGAGCUACUAAUUGACAAGAUGCAGAAUGAAAUGGCAGAUCUGUUAGUUGAGGUGGUGGACAUAGUUCUCCACUGUGUCGACCCAGGGCACUUGAAGACGCGGCCCCUGGGAGAGGUGUUCCCUGCAGUGUGCAGGUUCAACCAGGUCAGCCACUGCCCCAGCUCGCGGCGCAUCGCGGUGGGCGCCAAGAACGGCCAGGUGGCCCUGUUCGAGCUCCGCUCCAACAAGUGCCAGGCUUCCUUAAAAUAUUUGCAGAUGAUCCAGGCCCACGGGGCGGCCAUUACUGCUAAUGCCUUCUCACCUGAAGGCAAGUACCUCAGUACCUACAGCUGCCAGGAAAAUCGCCUUUCAUUUUGGCAGACGUCAACCGGGAUGUUCGGGCUUGGAAACUCGCAGACUAAGUGCAUUAAGUCAUACUCCACAGCUCCAAUCCCGGACAUGUCGAGGCACAACCCCAUGCGACUGGCUCGCCUGAUAUGGAUCAACAAUCGCACAGUCUCGCUGAUGCUCGCCAAUGGCACUGAAACCAGGUUCAACGUAUAGGAACUUAAAACUGUAACUUCAAAUAGAUAACUGUUCAUCAAUACCAUGUUCGUCAACUAGCAUAUUUGUACUGUGUAUGUUACUGUUGAAUGUGAUUCACUUAGUCACAAUGAGUAAUUAACAUUUUGUUAACUUUAUUUAUUAACAACUUCUGUCUGUUAAAACUAUUGUAGUCAGUGGUAAGGGAAGUAUUCAGAUGGAGUAUUAUGUCUUUCUUGAUAAGGGGAUUGAAACUAAGAGAGGGGAGGAGGGUAAGGCAGUGAAAUUCACGUACCAGUAGGGCUGCUUUUGUUUUAAUUUGUAUCAGCUGUUCUUGACUAUUGUAGCUACCAGUGGAUUUCAGUGGAUUUGAGCAUAAUAAUGAAAAUGUGAUUUUGAUAAACUAUAAAAUUAUGAUGUUCGAAUUAAUUUACAAACAACAUACAUACAUCAUGAUUGAUAAUCAAAACAGACAACCGCAAAUGACUCAAAUAUAAAAAAAAAAUGCCAUUUUGGGAUAACAGGAAGAAGUGUGUGUGUUUGGGGGUAGGGAGGGGAAAGUGGUUUCUCUUCAUUCAGACAACUAAUGCUCCAUGUGUAUGCUUCCCUGAUUUCCUAAUGCUUGGUAAGAUUGUUAAAAAUAAAUUUAAUCUUGACAGCUAUUGAUCAAUUAUAAUUGUUACAAAUUACAGUAAUAUUAUGCAUUCCCUUCAUAACAGAACCUAAUUAUAUUACAAACACUUGACGUAGCUGUCUUAAUGUAAGGUGCAUUUGGUAGAUACGUGCUUAAAUUUUUUUGAUUAUCUUCAAAUUCUUUGUGUUCUUAAGCAAUUUAGUUUUUAUCAUUUAACGCAAUAAUAAUAUUUUUUUAUAUAUAUAUAUAUAUAUAUAUAUAUAUAUAUAUAUAAAUCUCUAAAUUUUGAUAUUACCAAGAAACUAAAUCAUUCUUAAAAAAUUUUGGUUUAGCAUUAUUUCUCGCCAGUAUUUAAACUAUUCUAAAUGAGUUUGUCCAAAUUAUUUUUGUCUUGUUUGAAUUUCCACCGGUACACAAUUUUAUAGAUAAGCUAUUUGUGACAAUGUAUCCAAUGAAACCUUGUCUCAAGUUGCCCUGUGGGUAUUCACUCUUGGAUAUAUUCUAGCUUUAUUUUGGGAUGCCAAUCGGUUACAGUGUUUGUAUAAUUUUUAUAAUGAGUAAUUUGUAAGAGCAACAUACCACAGUUAAAAAGGCUAAAACCUGUGUUUUCACAGAUGUUUUUAAGUAUUAAAUGUUAAGAUACACAGUAUAUUAAGUACAGUAAAACCUCGUAUUUACGUUCUCGUUAUUUACGUUUUCCCGCAAAUAACGUCAUUUUAUGUAGGUCCGUUUUAUUGUACAUUAACUUUCGUGUUGCAUUUUCCCUGAAAUUACACCGCUACGUAACCAAAAAACCCGGAAUGUACGUUUCAAAACACGGUAAAAAUGUAAAUACUCGUCACGUUAGUCAUAGAUGUGAAAAGUUUGAAGUAGUUCGCCUAUUGUUUGUAACCUUUCGUUUUGAUGUAUCGACAAGUUCUAUGGUGCCUCUCCUCUACUAACGUUUUAAUCUUUGCUGCCAUAGAGAACUUUCGUAGCAGAUCCACAAACGGUUUUAUUUACGGUGUCAUAGAGCACUCUCGUAGCAGAGCAUAGUCCGAAGCGCUGAGCUAUCGAUACUACCGGAAAGCGCUCAUACACAGUACGUAUAUUUAGUAGUGCUGCAUUAUGUACAGUACAUAUCUAUGAUGGCUUUCAUUGUUUACAUUAGUCAACGUCCGUUUUGGUUAGCACGUGUUUUUUUAUCGUUCACAAUAUUAUUUAUGGCAAGAUUUUGAUUGAAGAUGGAUAGGUAUAAAGUUCCACGAAAUACUUUAUCUAUUGAAGAUAAAAUUAAAAUUAUUGAGAAGUUGACAAGCAUGUGGGUACCCGAGUGGUUUUGGCCAAGGAACUGAAUAUUCCUGUUAGUACUUUAAACACAAUAAUUAAAAAUAGGUGUUCUAUUGAAGCAAAUGCUGCCCAAUGCGUUGAAUUUAUACUAUACCUAUAAAACAGUACUAGAGAAAAUUUAAUGUAGGCUUUAUGUUGCAUUGUUUUUUAUAUUUAAGAAAAUUAUAUUUUUGCAGUGCCCUAAAUGUGUUGUAAACAACUAUUGUUUGUCUUGUAGCACCAGUAAAUGCUGAUACAUUUUUUUAAGCUAAAAUUUAGCAUUAACUGCCAAUAAAAGUGCUUUCCCACAA